AUGAGUACCGCAGUAAAACCUGUCCCAGUGAGGAAAUCAUUCCCUCCUAAUCAAACCCUUUACAUUACCAAUUUACCUUCGUCGAAGAUUCAGAAAGAUGAUUUACGAAGAGAGCUCUACACAUUAUGCUCGACUUACGGUCCAGUCCUCGAUGUCAUAGCUCUUAAGUCAAUGAAGAUGAGGGGUCAAGCACAUGUGGUGUAUAGAGAUAUCCAGACCGCGACUCAGGCUAUGAGAGCAUUACAAGGAUUUGAGUUUCUUGGACGUGAAAUGAAUAUCCAAUAUGCCAAAUCAAAGUCAGACACCAUUGCCAAGCUGGACGGUACUUUCCGUAUGCCGUCUGCAGCAGCGGCUUCAGUCGUGGCCACAGAAUUGCAGCAAAGCAUUUUCAAUGCGCCGCCUUCCGCAGCUACCACUACGAGCAAUUUACCUCCCCCACCACCGCCAUCAACUCUCCAGGUUCCAGCUCCUGCUUCUGAUCACGCUAUGGAAGAUGCAACAAGCCCAAGUGCAAGUGUUGCUGGACAAAAAAGACGUCGGGAUGAAGAGGAGGAAGAAGAUAGUGAAGGAGAUGUUGCAAUGGAGGAGGACAGUGAUGAUGAUUAG